CAGGCUGACCAACUAGCGACCGCAAAUGAAGCAAUUAGAGCACUUGCAGAGAGAAUAGUACACAAAGAGCGGGAGCUCGACCAGCUGAAGACUGCUUACAAAGAAAAAAUAGGCGACCUGGAUCGAUAUCUGGAGAAGCUAAAAAAUCUUGAAAUCAUUCAGGGUGGACAGAACGCUGCUGAGAGCGUGGUCAAAAUCAAGGAAUUUCGUUGUCCAGAUUGCAAGUCGUUGCUGUAUGAUGAAAAAAAACAAACAGAUUAUAUUCUCCUGCCAAACAAGGUCAAACUACAGUCCACAGAACAUAGUCAAUGCGAUAUGCCUGUGAUGCCAAAUUUGAGCUCAAAAAAGACGACAAUGGCUACACGAAAAAGCAAAAAAAUGACAUGCUCAUACUGCAUGAAACAAGGACAUAAGAGAGCGCAAUGUCCUGACAUUUUGUAUGGAAAAUCCGGCUAAUAAUGUACAUAAAUACACUUAUCUGUCUCUAUCUGCACCCUUCAUUUUCCUCCAAUCUUGUCACCUGCGCUAGCCAUGGCCUCCCUUCUACUGGCAUCUUGCAAAAGGUUGGUAUCAACCAGGCUUGGAUUUAUGUGAAUGUAUCUGAUGUUCGAGCCUCUGAUGAACAAAUUGCGCACUGCUAUUAGAUGAGGAUAUUUUGCUGUGUUCGCGGAGAUGUUGUCCAGCUUCAGAUUGAGGUAUUGGUCAAUGGAUUUGAGAGUACCUUUUAUUUCAACGUCGUUUUUUAGCUAAAAGUUAGUAACCAAUAUUGUCCCACCUACUUCAACAGUGAUCUGAUUGUUAGCUUCUCUAGCUUCUUCCGGGUAUAACUUACCUCCUGGUCCACCAGGGUCUUGAAGAAUGAGAAAAAUAGCAUUCU